AUGGCCCCAACAAAGCAGGAACUCUCCCUGCUAAUCAACCCUCUCGUCCCGGAGGCUGUUCAGCAUAAUAACCGGGUCCUCUCCUCCCUCCACAGCCUAACAGCCUUUCUCCUCGGUCUCUCCGCCGGAAUCCUAGCCCUCCAAUCCGCUACCGGCUUCGCCUUUUACUUCCUCGGCACUGUUCUCGUCAGCGGACUCUUCCACCUAGCCCUCAUCCAGCGCUCAUCCGGUGCGGGCGCGGGCGCGUUUUUCCCCGGUAGUAACGGGGGUGAGAUUGAGGGGUCGGUGGCCAUGGGCAAGGAUGGUGUUGUGCGCAUGGAUCUGGUUGAGAGCAGUAAGAAGCGCGGUGGCUUUGUUCUGAGGAAGGGUGCUUGGAGGGAUGUUUGGCUUGGUGGUGGUGUUCUUAGUGAGGCGCUGAGUGGAUUUGUCCUUGGGUGGACUGGUGUUGGGGGUGUUUUGAGGUGA